AUGAUCAAAUCGCUGUCACGACCAACAUCACGAGUAGUCCAGCUCCACUCCGGCUACCGGGGACUGUCGAGCAGCGCAGCGGCGCUGGCAACCUUGGGCAUGCGUCGCGAGGACCCCCGCCGGGUCUGGGAGCGCCGUGCUCCCUUGACGCCAGAUGCGAUUAAGAGCUUGGUGAAGGACAAGGACAACACAGUUGAGGUGGAGAGCUGCGAGCGGCGCUGUUUCACCGACGAGCAGUACGAGGCUCUGAGCAACGCAGUCGACGUUGUGCUCGGCAUCAAGGAGCCGCGGGUGCAGGAUGUGGAGGAGCUGAUUGCGCGCGAUGACAAGAAGCGCACCUGGAUGAUGUUUUCGCACACCCACAAGGGGCAGCCGUACAACACUGGUCUUCUUGCGACCUUCCUCCCUCCCACGAAGGGACAGACUCUCAUCGACCACGAACUUCUGACCGCGCCAACGAAGGAUGGAAAGCUGAAGCGCGUAGCCGCGUUCGGAUGGUAUGCCGGAGGACUGAGCCUGACUGGUCUCGCACUCCUGAAGCGCGGUAUCGCCCACCCCCUCCUCCACCUUCCCCGCCCUUACACCUUUGGCUCGAUGAAGGAGUACAAGGCGGCGCUGAAGGCGACCGGCGAGGCGGCCAAGGCUGGCAAGCCACUCGACAAGGAGGGACCUGUCCUAACAGGCAGAGCCGGCAACGUCUCGACGGGCGCGAAGGACAUGCUCGACGCCCUCGGCGUUGAGUGGGUCGAGGCAAAGGACCUGCCCAAUCUUCCUAACACAUCCACCAUCCCGCCGUCUGCGUACUUCGAGCGCAAGGAAGGUGGCGGCUACGACCGUUCUGAGUACUACGCCAAGCCGGAGCUUUACAAGAGCACUUUCGACGAGAAGAUCGCUCCUUACAUAACGACUCUGAUCCACGGCGCGGGCUGGUCCGCGGGCUACCCCCGUAUCAUGACCAACGCGCAGACCGAUGCCUUCAUCAAGUCUCACGGUGGUGCCCAGAAGCUCAUUGGACUGCAGGACGUCAGCUGCGACAUUGAGUCGACGACCAUCGACGAGCCGUACUUCGACGGUCCAGGCGGUAUGCUGAUCGGUUCGACCGACAUUCUGCCCACUGAGCUGCCGGCCGACGCCUCUGCCCACUUCUCCAAGCACCUGUACCCCUACGUCGAGCGCUCGCUGCAGCACUACGACGGCAAGGGGCGCAUGGGCGACGAGAUCGACAAGACGCUCGCGCGCGCCAUGAUUGUCGAAGACGGCGAGCUUCAGAAACCCCAUGACUGGCUCGAGAAGAACGUACGCAGCUGGAAGAAAGCGGCCCCCGGCGGUGGAUGCCAGAAAAAGCGCGUGCUCCUCCUUGGGUCUGGCCUUGUGGCGGCGAGCAACAACGUGGCCGAGGCCAAGGCGCUCGCGCGCGACAGGGAGAAUGUGACGACGGCUAUGCUCGACGUCAGCGACGAGCGGGCACUCAGCGAGGCCGUCUCCGCUGCUGAUGUCGUCGUCUCGCUCCUCCCGGCGCCGAUGCACCCGCAGGUCGCGAAGCACUGCAUUGCGCACGGCAAGCACCUCGUCACUGCCUCCUACGUCUCGCCCGAGAUGAAGGCACUCGCUAAAGAGGCGGCGAUGCGAAUCAUGGAGCGUGUCCAGCGCGAGGGCAAGCGCGUCACCUCCUUCAUCUCGUGGUGUGGCGGACUCCCCGAGCCAUCAGCCUCCAACGUCCCGCUGGCGUACAAGUUCUCCUGGUCGCCCCGCGCGGUCCUGACCGCCUCCCAGAACGACGCCCACUACAAGCUGGACGGCAUCGAGCACACGGUCCCGGGCGACCAGCUGCUGGCGAAACACUUCCCGAACGUGGAUCUCUGGAAGGGCCUCAAGCUCGAGGGUCUCGCGAACCGCGACUCAAUGCCAUAUGCGGCCAAGUACGGCCUCGGACCCGUCGACGGCCUGAAGGACCUGUACCGCGGAACGCUGAGGUACCAGGGCUUCUCGAAGCUCAUGGACGCGUUCCGCCGCCUGGGGCUGAUUUCGCAGGACGCCCUCAGCGCGCCUGUCGAGAGCUGGCCUGCCCUCCUCGCCGCGUCCAUGAGCAAGGCGACAGGCGAGAAGGUCGCCGAGAAAGACCUGGUGCCCGCCAUCCGCUCCCUGCUGGGCAAGGACGCGGACUCGGCGCUGGAUGCGCUCAAGUACUUCUCCCUCCUCCCCGAAGCCACCUCGAAUGCGCCCGCCCUCCCCCGCGCCCAGGCGCCUAUCGACUACUUCGCCUCCUUGCUCUCGAACAAGCUGGCCUACAAGCCAGGCGAGCACGACACGUGUCUCCUGUACCAUGGCUUCCGCGUCGUGCCUGAGGGCGCGCCGGAGGGCACCCCCGAGCAGACCGUGAGCGCGAGCUUGCUCUGCACGGGUAAUGAGAAGGCGAGCUCGAUGGCGACGACAGUCGGGUGCACACUCGCGUUUGCCGCCCUCCGGGUUGCAGACGGCAAGGUCGACGCGCGCGGCGUGCAGGGGCCGUACUCCAAGGACGUGUGGAGUGGCGUGCUGGACGAGCUGGCCAACAUCGGCGUCGAGGUUAAGGAGACCUGGGCGUGA